AUGUCACCAAUCUCAUCUCUCCCAACCCGGGAAGUAGCUGGAAUCACAAUCCCAGAUACCCCGCUAGUCAGCAAGGCCAUCGCUUAUGUGCGAGACCAGGUCGACGACUUCACGUACAAUCAUGUCAUGAGAAGUUUCCUAUUCGCCAUCACCUCUGUCCCUAUAGUCACUGCUUCGGCGCCCGACUAUCCCAUUGACUAUGAGGUCAUCGCUAUCAGCACGCUUCUUCAUGAUCUAGCCUGGGCAACGAGCAGCGACAAGUGCACUCCAGACAAACGAUUUGAGGUCGACAGCGCCAACGCGGCACGGGAAUUUCUCGUCAAAGAGACUGGGAAUGACGCUAGCUGGCUCAGCCAUCGAGUGCAGGUCGUCUGGGAUGCGAUUGCAUUGCAUACUACCAAUUCCAUUGCUAUGCACAAGCAGCCCGAGGUUAUGCUUGCCCACGUAGGAGUCUCGGCGGACUUCAUGGGACCGAAUAUUUUCCCGGGAGGAAACGGUCCAUUAACCUCGGAAAUCUUCAAUGAGGUCGUCAGUGUGUUUCCGAGAAAGAACUUCAAAGAGGGUGUGAGGGAAAUUAUGUGCGAUUUGUGCAAGGCGAAGCCCCAGACGACAUAUGACAAUUUUGUUGGGGAGUUUGGAGAGAAGUACGUGGAAGGGUAUGAUAGAACUGGGAAGAAAGUCAUUGAUUUACUUGAAACUGCCAUUUGA